UUCCCAAUAGUUCAUUGUUCACUUCAGUCUUCAGUUUCAUUUGAGAUUUCUUGAAACAUGGCGGCGAUUGAUACCGAACCCGCUAAAAUUGAAGCAGCAAUGCGCACCCUAAAACUGUCUGGUCAUGUCGGCUUCGACAGCCUUCCAGAGCAGUUGGUGAAUAAAAGUGUACAGAAUGGAUUUGUUUUCAACAUACUGUGCAUUGGUGAAACUGGUCUUGGGAAAUCUACUCUUAUGGACUCAUUAUUCAACACCAACUUUGAGUCGGUACCAAGUCCUCAUAACCUGCCGACAGUCAAGCUAAAGGCUCACACUUAUGAGCUCCAAGAGAGUAACGUCAGGUUAAAGCUGACGAUAUGCGACACCAUCGGUUAUGGGGAUCAAGUGAACAAGGAAGACAGUUUCAAGGCAGUGGUGGACUACAUUGAUGCCCAGUUUGAGGCUUUCCUGCAGGAGGAGCUCAAGAUCAAAAGAGCAUUGCCGCAGUAUCAUGAUAGCCGCCUCCACGUGUGCCUCUACUUCAUCUGUCCUACUGGACAUGGACUGAAAUCAAUUGAUUUGGUGUGCAUGAAGAAAUUGGACACCAAAGUGAACAUCAUCCCUAUCAUUGCCAAGGCUGACACCAUCUCCAAAACUGAACUUCAGAAGUUUAAAUCGAAAAUAAUGCAAGAGCUGCAGGCGAACGGCGUGGAGAUAUACCAGUUCCCGGUGGACGACGAGUCCGUGUCGGAGGUGAACGCCGGCAUGAACAGCCACAUCCCCUUCGCGGUCGUCGGCAGCACAGACUUCGUCAAGAUCGGCAACAAGACCGUGCGCGCUAGGCAGUACCCGUGGGGGACUGUGCAAGUGGAGAACGAGACACACUGCGACUUCGUGAAGCUGCGCGAGAUGUUGAUCCGCACGAACAUGGAGGACAUGCGCGAGAAGACGCACGCGCGGCACUACGAGCUCUACCGCCGCCGCCGCCUGCAGCAGAUGGGAUUCAGCGACGUCGACGCUGACAAUAAGCCGGUGUCGUUCCAGCAGACGUUCGAGCAGAAGCGCAGCGCGCACGUGGCGGAGCUGGAGCACAAGGAGAACGAGAUGCGGCAGAUGUUCGUGCAGCGGGUCAAGGAGAAGGAGGCCGAACUCAAGGAGGCUGAGAAGGAGCUUCACGCUAAGUUUGAUAAACUGAAGAAGGAUCACACAGAGGAGAAGAAACGUCUCGAGGAACUGCGUAAGAAGAUCGAGGACGACACGAUCGAGUUCAACCGGCGCAAGCAGCAGGCGCAGUCGCACCACACACUCACUCUCGGCAAGAGCAAGAAGAAGUAGACUCACACUUGUAUGGCGUCCUAUGGCGAUGCUACACGCUCGAUAUAAUCACGAUAUAAUCAGUGUAUGUAGGAGCAUUGGAUAACUGCGUUAUCGUAACUAUUUGAUAUUCGAUAGCGUAUUCAGAAGUGCUCGUUUUCUGUUGUUGCGUUUGGGAAAACUCGCAACGCUAAAUCCGCACGCGCAGAAAACGAGCACGUUUGAUGCGCUCUUAUGAUGACGCAGCUGCAUAAUAAUUCCUGCUUACUCAUUAGAAUGCUAAGUGUGAGUUUUUGUUAGUACUCGCCGUGAAGCUUCGGUUUGUAUGGCAUAUAAUCCUCAAUCAGUGUGUCUAUCGGUAAGUUAUAGAAAGUAUUUGGAUGCCGUACAAAUUUUAGUUACAUUGUGGUAAUGGUGAAUAGACAUAAAAUCACACUCAGCACUAAGAAUACGAUCAAUGGCGUGUGUAGUAUUAAGGUUUGGCCUAAGCCUUACGCGACUAUUUACUUCCAUCAAACUCAAUAUUCAUUUCAUUUUUUUAAUGAUGCAAUAUUAUUUUACAUGAUGCAGAAUAAUUGACAUCGAAGCCAAAAAAGACCACAUCAAUUGAAAAAUAACGAAAUCUAUGCCGGUUCAAAGAAAAAUGACCGUUGCCGGGCGUUUUACAUUUUAAAUACGGCUUCGGUAUUUUGGUGUGUACGAUAAAUAAUCGGCAUAAUUUAGUUUAAAAUAAUAUUCAAUUUAGAUUAUUACACAACAGCAAAUUUUAAAAGCCAAAAGUUUAAAAACUAAAAAAACCUUUCAAAUUUAUAGGCAAGGUCCUUUCUACUCGGCUGCCAGGAAAGCUAUUAUUUUUUCGCAUCGUGUCCAUAGUGUUUCUAAUGAACGAAAACUAUGUAGUGUAAGCGCGUGUAGAAUAGUACUGCUAGCGACAGUAUGUACGGGCAAUGAACUUGAUUUAACGUAGAUUUAGUUUUGCACUUAGCCAUAUCGUAUAAAUUUUAUACCAAAAUUUAUUUAUAUUAUUAUUUAGGGUAAGUUAAGAUGUGCUAUGUUUAUACGUAUGAUCUGAAUUAUAACGCAUUAUCAUCCAAAAAUAGAUUCCGAGCAAAUCGUAUAAUUUUAAAUACAUGGAUCGGCCGAUUGAUUCGUAGAUAUAAACUCACAAUAAAAUAAAUUAAUAUAAUUAAUACAGUAUUAGUAUGAGCACGAAGAUAAAAUAAGACUUGUUUACUUGCAUUCCAUUCACGGAAACUUUGAUAGUUCUCGAUUACAGUAUUUGUCAUUUCACACGGAAUUAUAGAAUUAAAGCACUGGAUUUUGGACUGAAGGCCUAUAAUAAUUUAUCUUUUUCUGUCAGAUCGUCUUAAUAUUGUGUACUUUUUGUAACUUUAUUAAUUUUAUAUUUGAUCUAUGUUUAUAUGUGCUAGUAGUAUUUUGUAAUACUUUGUAUUUUUUUAGUUUUAUAUGUUUAUUGUAAUAUCAGUUAAAAGCCAUGACAAGCUAGUGUAUCGUAAAUGGCAAAGGCGUGUUUUAGGGGUCAUCAAAUAAAUAAACUUUGAGCUUAUUAUAAUGCACUCAAAUGUUGCCAAUGUAUCAAUGAUGUACCAGAAAUUGUUCUAUGAGAUUACAUAAAUUAUAUGAUAUACUUACAGUUAAAAUAUUUUAUAUUUUAGGGGUGAGGUAACAGAAAAAAAUGUAGCAAAUACAUGAUUUAUUUAUCGUGUAAACUCAAGGUUUGGCAAAAAAUACUCUCCUUUAGAGAAUGUCAGACUCGAACUCUGUGGACGGACAUACGUAUCUUGCAUUUAUUUAUUCAUUCCUUUUAAUUCGCGUUUGCCUUAGUAUUAUACUUUGUAUUAUAAAAAAUAUAUAAUGAUUAUAAUAUAUGAAA